CAGGCAAAGCAGCGCUGCAUCGGGGAGAGUGAGGCCAGCAAGAAGCUGAGAAGAGAGCUCAUGGACGCUUCGGCGAACCUGUCGCGGGACCUGCGAUCCCUGGAGUCGAUGCUGCGCCAGGUGAAGCUGCGCAGGGAGAAGGAAGCGGGUAAGGCUGUGGCAGUGAAGAAGCUGGACGAAAAGAGAUCCGUUUUCGCCCAGUUCGACAAGGACAAGGACGGCCAGCUGAGCCGCAACGAGGUGGGCGCCUACGCGAAGGCCAUCGGCUCCGAGCUGCCGCAGCAGGUGCUCGACGCCAUCGCCGCGAAGCUGGCGCCGGUGACCUUCACCCAGUUCCGCGCGCUGCACCGCCGGCUCUUCGUGGCCAAGUGGGAGCUGCUGGCGCGCGAGGCGCGGGCUGCGGAGGAGGCGAAGAGGAAGGUCUUGGAGGAGAAGCGGGAGGCGAUGAAGGAGGUCCUCGCGGGCGUGGAGGAGGCGCUUGUCCGCGGCGAGAAGUUGGGCGCCGAGGCGGAGGCCAAGCUGCGGCUGAGGCAGGAGGCGAGCCUCGAGGCGCUCGAGCAGGGCGCAACGGAGGUGGAGAGCCUCAUCCGGAACAUCCAGGAGGUGCUAUCAGAGGCCCAAAUUGAGGAGGCUCAGCUCAACGAGUUGCAGUUGGAGCAGCGGGCGCGGCAGCUGCGGGUCCGCGCGCAGCGGCUGCGGAUCUGGGUGCAGCACCUGGAGCAGCAGAGCUCCGACCUCCGGGCCCAGGCCGAGCGGAAGGGCCAAGCGCAGCUGGACCAGUUGCGCUCCGAGGCGGCGCUCGCCCUGCGCCGGCGCAUGGCGGAGGAGAAGAAGUCUGCGGCAGAGCUCUUCGAGAGCCUCAACGGCGGCGGCUCCGUAACCAAAGACCAGUUCCUGGAGCUCCUGGCGGGGCUGGACCUGGACGCGUCGAAGCUCGCCCGGCUCUACGACUCCUCCGCGGGCGCCGGCGGCCUGGAGCGCGAGGCCUUUUUGGACUUGGUGAAGGUCUACUACGUCUGCGUCAAGCAGACCUUGAUGAACGAGGAGCUGGGCAUCAAGUCCAAGAGCCUCCGGCGCCUGGAGCUUAGAGAGGUGCUGGAAGCCCUGGAGGGCCCUGAGAACGAGGACACGGCCAAGGUGGUGCGCCUGCGGUGCCGUGCUGUGCUCGACGGCCUUGAGGGAUGGGUCACCUUCAAAGGCAACCAGGGCACUACCUUCCUGGAGCCAGGUGGGCGGUGCUACCAGGCCCUGAAGGACACGGAGAUGACGGAGGAGCUGGAUGCCGGCAGCGCGGUCACGCGCAAAGUCUCCAGCGGGGAGGUCAUCGAAGUGAUCGAGUUUGAGAAGAAGGCGGGGGACGCGCGGCGGAUCAAGGGCAAGGCGCGCGAGGACGGCGCCUGCGGUUGGCUCACGGUGUCCAACCUCGCCGACACCUUCCUGGAGCCCUGCUGAGCCUUCGAAGCCGGGCCGGUCGGCCGGAAGGUGAGCGCGACCUUCGGCAUGCCAGACUUCGCCC